UAGCUAACAGUUUAUUAAUUAACUGAAUCUUUUUAUAUUUAAACGAUAGUUUCAUAAUAAAAUUAAUAAAUGAUUUUUGUAUGGAUGCUUGAUACAUAUUUUUUAGUACUUUGCAACUUUAUUUUUCAUGUUUUACUUCAACCGAUUAACGAUGAAGUAGAAUAUAAAUUUAAGAUUUUCAUGUGCUACAAACGUAUGUACAUAUGUAUGGAUUUAUUUCAAAUAAAACAUUACCAUACCGCAAGACAAAGUGCCUUCUUUUUUGUUUCUUAAAGAAACUAUAUUUUAUGUUAUAUGACAUCGAUCGAUACGAACUUGUAGAGCAGUAAUACUAUAAUUUGAAUGAUUAAGAUUUACAUGCGUAAUGUGCAUUACAUAGAAAGAUACACGCAAGUGUUCUUAACAGUUCAAGAGAGAUUAUUUUUUUCUUGAACGGACUUUUAUCGAGAAUAUAACUGGCAGUAUUAAGAGGUAUGUAACAAAAAUUGUAACGAACGAGAAGAAAAGAUGAAGAAGAGAUCGAUGAAUUUAAAUGGAUAUGGAUAAAAUAAGGAAAAAAAUGAAAGAGGAGAAAAUUGAAGGAACAGUGGUAAUCGCAACGUGGUUCGGAGUAUACAAUGCCGUACCCCCACCUCUCAACGAAAACUUAAAAAUGCCGCCGCAGCGCAACCCGAAUCGAUAUUCGCCGACAUAGUCACGUGACAUGAACUCGAGCGUUGUCAACCAAUCGGUGAUCCGCUAGGACGAAGUUUACUUUGCCUGUGUUACAGAACGACGACACGACAUCUGACUUUAGGCAAAUGGAACAACAGUUUGCGACUGGCAGCGCACCGGUCCACGUUUUGGCGAUGUGUCGUUUCGAAGCCAGUUGCUCGAGUGAUUCCAUGACACAUUUAACCGUUGAGAGGGUGAAUACGAGGAAGAUAACACGAUACAUUCGCAUGGAAAAGGUACAAGUUGGUGCUUGACACAAUUUCUCCGUUUUUGGUCGUUCGUCUUCGAAGAACGUUGCGCGUGCGAGUAUCCGUUUAUAUAUUCGUAUCGCGUCUGAAAAGAAGUGAUUAGUGUGGUAGAGAGGAACGGUAGCAGAGAAGAAACUGAUUUCAGUGUGCGAGAGAAAGAUCAAGAUAGUGAGAGAAAGAGGUGGGGCAACAAAUAGCGGAGAAAAAGAAAAAAGUAUACUACAUAACCUACAGAACGAACACACAAAGCACACACGCGCGCAUGUGCGCGCGUGUGUGUAUGUACUGUACUGUAGAUGAAUACAUACACGUAUUUAUGCAUAUAUAGAAAGAGAAGAAGAAGAGAAGGGCGGUGUGAGGGAGGUUGAAGGUGGUCGUGUGGGGGAGAGAGCGAGGAAGUGAGCAAGUGAGUGAGCGAGUAAGAGGUACACAGCGAACGAAGCCAAGAGUGACAGAGAAAGCUACACACGCGUAUUGGAAGAAGGGAAAUAGGAAUUAAAAAAAGAUACGCUAGUGUGUUACAUGUGCGACACGAUGUUUCGUGAGUGGUAAGACCCGCGUGGGAUUAAAAGUCGCGAAACAAAACAAUCCAUAAACUUUCUCUUUUUCGUUUGGUUACUCGCAAAUCGAUCAUCGAUGAUACAUUUUAUCAAAACCAUCUUGGCGCACGAUGCAGAAACAAGUUGAACGAGAAAUAUUCGAUUCGAAUUAACAUUCGUACGGUGGAGUAUACUGUAUACCAGUAUUAAGUUCGCUUUGAAUAACAAAGAAAAAAAGGUGAAAAAGUAACGGCAACAAAAGAAGAAGAAGAAGGAUUAUAAUAAAAAGAAGAGAAAAGAAGAGUGGAGGACAAGUAGAUGGAGAAAGAAGGGAAUACAAAGUAACGUGAAGAGCAAAGAAGAAGAAGAAGAAGAAGAAGAAGAAGAAGAAGAGGAGAAGAGGUUUUUAAGAAACGCGUGUUGUAUAUGCGUGCGUGCAUGCAUGCGUGUGUGUGUGUACAUAUAUUCAGGCAAUAUGGAGGAAAGUCAGCUGUUGAUGACGGAACUUCCGGCAUUAACGCCAAGCCGCGGUACAACGUUGCUUCAUCGUUCGGGACACUAUUAUCAAUUGCACCAGCCGCACCUAGCGAUUCCAACGUCUCAAAGUCAAGCGAUCCUUUAUAAUUCGAGUAAUACGCCGCAUUAUACGAGCGGUGCAACGAGCGUGCCGGCGUACGCUCAAGGCGGCAUUUCGUCGAGGCAACAACCUCAAGUGGCUCGCGGUGCUGUCACAGCGAGCACCCACAUUUCUUCCCUCUAUCCCGAAAUAUUGGCGUUAAUUUUUAGUUACCUCGAGGUCAGGGACAAAGGACGGGCGGCACAAGUGUGCACCGCGUGGAGGGACGCGGCGUAUUACCGGUCCGUCUGGCGUGGGGUCGAGGCGAGGUUACAUUUAAGAAAGCAAGCGCCGGCGUUGUUUGCCAGUCUCGUGAGAAGAGGAGUGAAAAGGGUGCAGGUGUUAUCCCUGCGACGUGGUCUCGGCGACGUUCUAAAAGGUGUGCCAAACUUGGAAGCGUUAAAUCUAUCUGGUUGCUACAACAUUACCGACGCUGGUUUGAUCAACGCAUUUUGCCAGGAAUACUCGACCCUAACGGAACUGAAUUUAUCAUUGUGCAAACAAGUAUCGGACAUUUCGCUCGGUAGGAUAGUGCAGUAUUUAAAGAAUCUCGAACAUUUAGAGCUCGGCGGUUGCUGCAAUAUAACUAAUAACGGACUCUUGUGUAUAGCGUGGAAUUUGAAAAAAUUAAAAAGACUCGACUUACGGAGCUGUUGGCAGGUAUCCGAUUUGGGUAUCGCCCAUUUAGCCGGUGUCAAUAGGGAAGCAGCCGGUGGUAACUUCGCGUUGGAACAUUUAAGCCUUCAGGACUGUCAACGACUUAGCGACGAGGCACUCAGGCACAUAUCCAUCGGUCUCGCCACCCUCAAGUCUAUCAAUCUUUCAUUUUGCGUAUGUAUCACCGAUUCAGGCGUCAAACACUUGGCCAAGAUGUCCAGUCUACGAGAAUUGAAUCUUCGUUCUUGCGACAAUAUCUCGGACAUCGGUAUGGCUUAUCUCGCUGAAGGUGGCAGCAGGAUAUCCUCCUUGGACGUUUCGUUCUGCGACAAAAUCGGUGACCAAGCCCUCGUCCACAUCUCCCAAGGACUGUUCAACUUGAAAUCCCUCUCGUUGUCCGCGUGUCAGAUCAGCGACGAGGGUAUAUGCAAGAUCGCCAAAACGUUACACGAUUUGGAAACGUUGAAUAUCGGUCAGUGCAGCAGAUUAACGGACAAAGGAUUGUACUCGAUCGCCGAGAGUAUGAAGCAUUUGAAAUGCAUCGAUCUUUACGGAUGCACCAGGAUAAGUACCAACGGUUUGGAAAGGAUCAUGAAGUUGCCGCAGCUGAGUACGUUGAAUCUUGGUCUUUGGCACGUGCGGUGAUGGCUUUUUUAAAACGAAACAAAAUAUAAAGAAACGGUGUAUUACAACACAGCAUAUUUGCGUCCCUACUAUACUCUCGUACGUACGAAUGACGAAGGUGUUCCCUCGGUGCCUGUGGAACUUCGCCGGAUACAUAACCAUGCCGAUCGAUCAUUUAUUUCUUCUUUUCUUUUUUCUUUUUUCUUUUUUUUUUUUCUAUCACCUCUCUCACUUUUCGCAUUUUUAUAAAAAUCAUCAAGGCCAGCAACGAAACGCCCUCCUUUCAUUCGCUUUUUAACCGCGAUGCGAUCACCGUUCUAACCGACGUUCCUUCGAUUUUUCCUCUACAUCCUGAAUGAUCUUUAUAAUUACGCAUCUUUACAUCUUUCCAACGGAAUAGCUUCGUUCAUUGUCCACGCUACGUGUCGGGGUAUAAUAUCGAGUAAUAACGAAUUUCUUCUGUUAACGAUCAAAGUAGAACUCGACCGAUGUGUUUGUGCUUUCUUUAUGCUUAUUCCAAGCGCAAAUAGGCAGAACAGAAGGCGUGUGUGUACGUCGAGCCGAUGUUUCUUUACUCGUUUGUAACAACUGUGCUCUUGUACACGCGAUAUUCCGUUGUAAAUCUUUAUCUUUAGUCAGUAUCGCGACCGAUUUAGCCAAAGUAUCGUUUACAAGUAUAUAAUUGUGCAUGAGACAAUUGGUUGAAAAACAUUUUGAUAACCCCUUGCUGGCCUGUGACUGGAUCACUUAUAGACCGAUUUUAGUACUUUUUAUCACGUAAGAAUGUGAAUUUUUAUUUACAAUUGAUGAAAGAUUUUAUUUUUAAUUAAAAUGUCAUAGGCUUACAAGGGUUAAUGAGAGUUACGUGUUAAUUUUAUGUUUUUCUAUUUUCGUUAUCUAACCUUUCUGUUCUUAUUAUAAUUAUAUACUUCAUUUUCGAUUGAUCUCUAUAUUAUACGAACACCCUGUUAAGUUUAAUGUAGAAGAAACGUAAGGAUCUUAUAAGAAAAAUAGUCUCACGUUUCUGUUUCUUUCUUUUUUCUCAUUCAUGUGCCUUUUACAAGAGCAUUGGAUUUGUUGCUUGAUCAAAGAACCAAUUUUCUUUCACCACUUUCAGAAUUGUUAGGUUGGUGUCUAUGAAAUAUCAUUAUUUCAAUUAAAUUCUCACAUUUCAGGGGAAGGUAGAUGUUUUUAAUUGAAAUAGGAAAAAUUACUAGAGGAAACGUGUUAUAUUUGUGUUAUAAAACAUCAAAUAUAAUAAUGUUCUACGAAACAAAAUGGCGAGACGAAAGUAAUAAAUAUAAUAUGAUUGCAAUUUCUCUAUAAUUAAGAAUUACCAUAGAGUUUUCCUAGAAUUCAGUGUGUUAAUUAACGUUUGGAAUCUAAUAUCGUAUGUGGAUCACCGAAAUUCCGUGGAACUUGUACCGUGAACCCCUACGGUAGAUCACCAUAGCAACAUUUAGGUUAUUACACCAGAAAGUUGAAUUUUUUCGAGAACUACAUUUUAUAUGCACCAACCUAAUAUCUCGUACGUUAAUACCAAAGAAAAUACGAAGGUUAGAACAAGAGAAUCGUGUCUAGUUCGUUUGUUCUGAACAUUAUUAACUUUUGCAAUACCGGGGGGGGCGAUACCUCGUGUCCGCCAUUACUGUCUCAAGAAUCCCCGCGAAAACAGGUACAUAUUUAAAAAUCUGUAAUUUUCAGAAUUUAUAAAACUGUUUAUAUUCCACUUUUAGAUAUUGGUAUUGCAAUAGUUAAUUAAUUAUUUCGACGUGAGAUUCCUUGUAGACAGAAAGGAUCGUUAUUGUUUGUUGGUUAGCAAAAAUUGUUGUUCUUUUUUUCUCCUUGAUGAAGCGUACGUGGUGUAUUGUAAUGGAAAGGAUGUUAUUAAUAAUGUGCGAUUCAAAUAGGUCCCACGUGUUGCCAUUGGCGUAACUAAGAUUUAUGUUCAAGAUGGGCCAUCUUUCCUAGCUUUACUAAAAGCAUUGCUUAAUUUUAAUAUAAUUUUUACUCAUCGUUUCACGUAAUAACACGUUAAUUACCACAAGAACUUAUUCUUUUUAAUUACUUUUCAAAGGGACACAUUUUUGGGGGCCCUCUAUGAUCCUUACCUAGUUACGCCAAUGCAUGUUGUAUGAUACCACUUGACACUACUGUACAUACUUGAAACAGACGUUCUAUUUUAUGCAAAUUAUACAAGAAUCAUGCAUCUUUUUUCAAAGAUUGCGUAAACGUAAGUAGAUAGAUAAAGGGAAUGAAAGUUAGGUCGAAAUAUAUUUAAAUUGCAUCGAAUGCACCAUCAGAUUUCAUCGAUUGAAGAUGAAAAUAUAAUUUUGUUUUCUUUGCAUUUAUUAUGCAUAGAAAGUAUCAGUUUGUUACUGAUUUUCUUUCAGUAUUCUUUCUUUCAGAAACAAAUUGUAUCCAUUAACGUUGUAUUUGUUGAAAGAUGUAUUUUGUUAUAAAUAACAUACGCGAUGAACACCGAAUACAUUCGACUAGAAUUUCUUAAGAGCACAAGAGAAAUUUUAGUUGGAUGUAAUGGAAACACUCGUUCGGAUCGAUGUAUGAAAAUAAUAGCAAUAUUUCAUUUUAUUAAAUUUCCCAUCUUUAAUGGUACCUUCGAUACGUAUUUUCACGCGUGCCUUGUUUUUACAAGUGAAUUUUUGUAUCGCCUAGAAUAAUAAAUUUUUAUGAAUAAAAAUAAAAAUUCUUUUCUGAUAAUGUGAUGGUACAUUCGUUAGAAACAUGGCAAACGUGUUUCAGAAUUUUCUCGUUGAUGCAGCGACAAGUGAUUGCGUUUGUUAAUUCUUUAUAAUAUAUUUCUUUAACUGUUAAUAAUAAUUCGUUCGUAUUUUUGUAUAAACACAUUCUUUUUUUUUUUAACAUCCUUCACCUCACAUAAUUCCCUAUAAAAUUCUUACAUGAUUGAUCGUUCAAAUGGUUGUUGUUUUCUUUUCUUUUCAAUUACAAUUGCAUAACAUGUAAUUUUUUAUAAAAAAAAUUUAGAUUUCACAACGAUAAAAUAUUGUUAAUUACGUAUACGAUUCAAAAUAAGAAACUGUAGCUUAAGGAGUAAGAGAUUAAUCAUGAAUUGUAUAAUGAAAUGAUAAACUUCUUGAAAAAUUAUGUGUUCAUCGAAACAAUUACGGUGCUAUUCUUCUUGCAAACGUUUCAUUAAUAUUUUUACAUUUUCAUGCAAUUUUAUAUAUAUAGACUUCUUUUUUUUUUUAAUUAAUUCUUACAUUGUGUUAACCGGAAAUUAAAAGAGCAUAGAUGGCACUGAGCCUUAAAAAAUUUAACAAAUUUUUAGAAUUACACAGUUAACAAUAAUGAAUCAUCGUUCUUUCGUCAAUAAGAAUGAAGAAAAUAGCAUAAAGGAAGCACAACCGGUCUUAAUUUACUAUUUAACACUACAAAAUUCUGAAAACUGACAAAAACAAUCAGACAAUUGAUACCUGUACAAUGAACGAAGCUGUUGAUUUUAUACACGUACACAUAGCGUGUUUAAGAUAAGAUAAGAAUUCAAAUUGAAUUGUAUUUGUCACGGUGUAAUCAAGCAAUUAUUCGUAUUCAGAAUAUUGUCAUUCUGAAGAGAAAUCUACUAUUAAUUACAAUUAAAUUUCUUUUUCUAACAAGUGAAAAAAACAAAACAACGAUAGAAGGUACUUAUUAAUUUGCGGUACAAUUCUCGAUAAUUGUUCUAACCUAUACCUAACCUAUAGCUUGGCGGGUUCCACCGGACCCCAUAGAAAUGUUAAGAAAUCUACAGGUAAUUAUUAAAAUAAAAAGAGAAUAAUAUGAAUUGUACUUAUCAUUUGAUUUGAAGAGACAUUCUUGCCGUAAUACACCGUGCACUAUGGUGCGCCAUUUCUACUGUGUCACUCGAUAUAUCGAUAAUUCUAUUCGUUUACGAUUACAUCGAUAAAAGUCGAUUGCCGUUCGCGUUCACUUCAAACGAAACGUUUAUUUAUAAAUUUGAAAAGAGGAGGGAAGGUGGGCAUUGUGCAAAAGUGGUGAACACCGAAAGGAAUAACGAUAAACUGGAACGAGAGGAAAUGUAGGGACUACUGUAAAUCGAAAUGUCUCAACGUAUCAAGCUAUUUUCGUUUUCUUACCGUUGUAUAAGCUUUUACAUGUAUAGAAACGAACGACGGAUCAGAGAGUGUCUUUUCGGCGCGCCGAAUUCAAAAGCUGCUCUAUUAUUUAGAUGUUAGAUAGAAUUAAAGGAGAAAAAAACACAAGUUUGCGCGUGAUGACUGUAAUUUAAAUUAAUUACCGUUUAUGGUAAAAAAAAACCCACGUUGCAUCCUAAACGAUCAAUUAGAAAUGAAAUAUUUUAAUAUUACGUUUGAUAGUAACUACCUAUAUCACUCCAUUAUGAUCACCAAAUAUUUUGUACGAAUUUCAACGUUACACGAGUUUGUUUGUACUUCUCUGUUUGAUAAAUAAUACAUUAUUCGUUUCGAAUCGUUUAGCAUGUAACGAAAGAACCGAAUGAAAAUUAGUUGAAGUAAUUUUCAUUUAACUGUGAUCGUAUUCCAUUGUUUAUGGGAGAAUUUUUAACUCGCCUGUUCUUAUUCGAAGCAUUCCAUUUGUUGUACGUUCAGGAAGAGCCAAAGAAAAUCAUAUUAUAGUUGACAAUACAAAAAACUAACGAAGAUUUAAAUGAAAUUCAGUAUCUCUUUGGCUCGAACAAAGACGAUAAAAAUAAUUUUAAUUUUCUCUUUUUAUUUGUUUAUUGGUUUUCAUUCCGCCUCAGAUGAUAAUUGCGUAGAUAGCGGAGUAGAAAAGAAUUGUACUGUUGGAUGUGAAAAUGGUCACAGAAUGCUUAUAUUAAAUUUGUAAACGUUAUAAAUAGUUUCAUAAUAAUACGACUAAUUUUCUUGAUACGUAAAGUCGUUUUUUUUUUUCGCAUCCAACAGUAGAAUUUGUAAUCUUUCGGAAGAAACAAAGAGAAAGAGAAAGCAUAAAAUAAUAUUCAACUAUCGUGUAGUUGGUUGUACGUAAUAAGGAAAUAUUGUGUACGUACACAGGAGAAGAGGAAUUCGGCCUGCUGAUCGCCUCCGUCCGUAUCGCACUUUGUAAUUAUGUACUGUAAAUAUUCAACGACGAAUAUGUUAGUAAAUACACGCGCAUUGUGUGAUUGUAAAUAUCGAACAUGAAAGAAAUGUUUGUUAAAUAUAGAAUACGUUAAGUUUUUCAAAA